AUGGACGAAAAAGUCUCACGUGCAUCCAGAACUGAAAUGUUUAAGCUCAUCAAGAGUAUUCCCCCUGAUCCGCAAAAGAAGGUGCUUUCUAUUACUGAUGUGCGAUCUCCGCAAAUCUGCUUCGUACCGAUAGAACAUUGGCACUCUGACGAAAAUCUACGACCCGUUCGCGAAUCGUCGAAAAACAAAUUGAGCCGCUACACGACCGAUGAUGGCGUCGCGAACUGUUAA